CCAGGGCUUGGUAAGUGUGGUUUUGGGGGGAACUAGAAGGGAGGAAGGGAGGCUUGUCUCUGCUCUCCGGAGAAUGGGCUCCCUGGCCAUGCUCUGAGGAAACCUAGGGACCUGGUGGAGGGAGCGUGGCCCACUGGCCUCCAACCUGGAGCCAUGGUCUCCCAGCUAAGCCAGUUACAGACAGAGCUCUUGGCCGCCCUGUUGGAGUCAGGACUGACUAAGGAAACCCUGAUCCGGGCAUUGGGUGAGUCAGGACCCUAUGACUUGACGGGAGAGACCUCUCUGGACAAGAGGGAGCCCUGUGCUCCUGAGCUGGCUGAGCUCCCCAACGGGCUGGGAGAGCCACGGGGCUCUGAGGAUGAGACAGACGAUGAAGGGGAGGACUUCACGCCCCCCAUCUUGAAGGAACUGGAGAACCUGAGCCCGGAGGAGGCAGCCCACCAGAAGGCUGUGGUGGAGACACUCUUACAGGAGGACCCAUGGCGAGUGGCAAAGAUGGUCAAGUCUUACCUUCAACAGCACAACAUUCCCCAGAGGGAGGUGGUGGACACUACUGGCCUCAAUCAGUCCCACCUGUCCCAGCACCUCAACAAAGGCACCCCCAUGAAGACUCAGAAGCGGGCUGCCCUGUAUACCUGGUAUGUCCGCAAGCAGCGGGAGGUGGCCCAACAAUUCACCCACGCGGGACAGGGCGUACUGGCUGAGGAGCCCAUGGGAGACGAGCUGCCCACCAAAAAGGGAAGGAGAAACCGUUUCAAGUGGGGUCCAGCUUCUCAGCAGAUCCUGUUCCAGGCUUAUGAGAGGCAGAAGAAUCCCAGCAAGGAAGAGAGGGAGGCUCUAGUGGAGGAGUGUAACAGGGCUGAGUGCAUCCAGAGAGGGGUCUCCCCUUCACAGGCCCAGGGCUUGGGCUCUAACCUGGUCACUGAGGUGCGUGUCUACAACUGGUUUGCCAAUCGGCGGAAGGAAGAGGCCUUCCGGCAUAAGUUGGCCAUGGACACAUUUAGCGGGCCCCAGUCUGGCCCUGGCCCUUCGCUGUCAGCACAUGGCUCCCCUGGCCUCCCCCCACCUUCCAUUUCCCCCAGCAAAGUCCAUGCUCCAGGUGUGCGCUACGGCCAACAGCCAACUAGUGAGGCAGAAUCAUCAGGGGGCAGCGGCCAUGGAGGAGGCAGCAUGGUAACAACUCCCACAGUCCUGCACCAGAUAUCCUCCCCAGGCCUGGAGCCCAGCCACAGCCUGCUCAGCACUGAUGCCAAGCUGGUCUCAGCAUCGGGGGGGACCCUGCCCCCUGUCAGCACCCUGACUGCCCUGCACAAUUUAGAGCCGACGGCCGCAGGGAUCAACCAGCAGCCCCAGAACCUGAUCAUGGCCUCACUCCCUGGGGUCAUGGCCAUUGGGGCAGGUGAGCCUUCUUCCUUGGGCCCCACCUUCACUAACACAGGAGCUUCUACUCUGGUCAUUGGCUUAGCUUCCAGCCAGGCGCAGAGCGUGCCUGUCAUCAACAGCAUGGGAAGCAGCCUGACCACUCUGCAGCCUGUCCAGUUCUCCCAGUCACUGCAUCCCUCCUAUCAACAGCCACUCAUGCAGCAGGUGCAGGGUCACAUGGCUCAGAGUCCCUUCAUGGCCACCAUGGCCCAGCUGCAGAGUUCUCAUGCUCUCUACAGUCACAAACCUGAUGUUACUCAGUACACACACACUGGCCUCCUCCCCCAGACCAUGCUCAUCACCGACACUGCCAACCUCAGUGCGCUUGCAAGCCUGACGCCCACCAAGCAGGUGUUCAGCUCAGACUCUGAGGCCCCCAGCGAGUCUGGGUUACACACACCAGUGUCUCAGGCUUCGACCAUCCACAUCCCCAGCCAGGACCCAGGUAUCCAGCACCUGCAGCUGGGACAUCACCUCAGCACCAGCCCAGCUGUCUCCUCCAGCAGCCUGGUACUGUACCAGGGCUCAGACUCUGCCAACAGCCACAGCCAGCUCCUGUCCUCCAACCACGGGGUCAUCGAGACCUUCAUCUCCACACACAUGGCAUCUUCCUCUCAGUAACGCCCCCCCCUUCCGGCUCUCUUGGGAGGGGCACGAGACACUGGAGCCCCCUUAGUCCCUCCCGGCCUCCACUGCCACAGCAGGACAAGGACCCUUAGGAAAACCCUGCAAGAAGCCCAAUACCAGGAGGAAUCCUGCUGCCCCGGACCUCCCAACUUAUCUCUGGCAGCUUCGAAGGGUAAAGAGGGACUUGGGACAGACACCACCUGUGCCGUAGCAUCUGGAGGGAGCUCGGAGGUCAUGUAGUACCACCCCCUCACUUUACGAAGGAAAAUGAGGUGAAGAUGCAGACGCUCCUUGGGCGUGAAGCUCUUGAGGUCACAUGGUAGAGCUGGGAGUCCCCCAGGGUCCCCUGCCUGGGCCCCGAGCUCCCCUUUCCCCAGGCUCGGCUGCAGUGUCAGAGACAGACCAGAGGGACAGGGAAGGGCAGGACCCAGGCUGCUGCUGCCCGUCUUGUGCCCACCUGCCUCGGAGGGUAAGCUUCGCUUCGGCCUCUCCGGGUAAGGCCGCUGGCCCCAAGCAGUAGGGCGGCUCGGCCGGCCCAUUCCCCAGCCACACUCCUCGGCCGUCCUGCCGGCCGUGACCUGGCGGCCGCUUUGGGGGCAGUCCCUAUACAGGCCGGUCCUACCACCUCCUCCGAGCCGCAGCUUUUGUUCCUUCCCGUACCCGGCUCUAGGCGGCACUUCUGGGCUCCAUUGGGGUGGGAGCCUUUGCUUGCCCUGGCGGAAGCCCAGGUGCUUUGGCAACGUCGCGACUGAGCGAUGUGGCCGGGGCUGGGGAUCGGUCCAUGCAUGGGAGGCAGCUCCAGCUGGGCAAGAGGGGGAGGGCUAGAAGGUCAGAGGAGGCGGCCCAGGGGGCUGACCUGUCCCACCCGGCUGGGAGCCGGACUGGACUUCAGCCACCCAGCCCUUGGCGAAGACCCGCCUCCGGCCGAGGAUGCUGGGGCUCUGGGCGUGGUCACGGGACGACCUAUGCUGCUGGGGACUCGCUGGGCCCGCGGCUCCUCGACACGGACAGGAACGGAAAGAACAGGACACAAACCUCUCGCUGCUUGCUCCCAAGCAGGGGGCGAGUCGACAAAUAUAUGUAUUUAACUGUC